UAACACAAAACAAACACAAUCCUCUCAAUACUCUUUUCUUCUUUUUCUUUUUCUUUUAUUUUUAUUUUUAUUUUUUUUUUUUCAAAGCAUAACCAUUAAACACAACCUAUAUUUUCUAUAUUUUGUCAUUCGUUCCUCUGUCUGUUUCCUCAGCAACCACUUGGAACAAUGAAAGUAGUUACUGCCAAUUUCAUGACCUGUGCUGUGAAGGGUUGUAAAGCAUCACCAGCAUCAUUUCCACUUCAUUUUCAUGAUGCCGAGCUUGAACUCCAGGAGCUAGAUUUCCAGGCAGAAUUCAUACAGAAUAUUAUCCGCAGGCUUGAUUGGGAUGGACUGCAGGUGAUUGUCAAUGAGCUUGGCUUUCCCGGAAUCCCAGACACAAAACCAGAGGGUGAUACCUUGAAUGAUGAGCAGAUUCUGAGGGACCUGCACAGAUUACUUCUGGAGACCCAGGUCAUGGAAGGGAAAUUGAAAUGUGGUAACUGUGGCCAUGAGUAUACGAUCAAAGAAGGAAUUGCGAAUUUUCUUCUCCCCAGUCAUUUGGUUUGAAAAUCUUCGGAUAGAUGGUUCAUGGACGCUCUACUCUGUACAGUACAGAGUACAAAUAUACGCAUCAAAUUAAAUAUAAUGCAUGCUCAUCGAACAACAGUGGUUGACAAUAAUCCUCUCGGUAUAGUUA